UUAAAGCCUUGAGGGGAAGCCCGAAACAAAAAGCCCAAAGAGGACAAUAUCUGCUAGCGGUGGAUCUGAGCCAUUACAUAAUCCAGGCUUAGUGAAGCUGAAACCAGGAAGUACUUCCAACAGCUAAUUGAUGGUGUAGAUUAUUGCCACAGCAAGGGAGUAUACCACAGAGAUUUAAAGGUUUAUUGGCUGAGCCCGUGGAGAAAAUAUUCUUGCUGAGAUGUGGAAAAGAAAAGAACAAGAAUCUGAUCGUUUUCUUUUUUUCUUUGAGCAGCCUGAGAAUAGCACCAGAGGUGCUCAAUCACAAGGGUUAAGCUGUAAGACAAUGUAUUGUCAUGUCUGUUUUGGUUGGAUUUAAUUUGGAUAUGAGAGGCUUUCAUAGACUCUUUUAGGUUAACUUGAAAUGAUGUGCACUUGAAUGAUCGAGUAAUAUUGUCAUUUCCCUUCAACAGAUUGAGAGAGCUGACUUUCCAUGUCCAUCUUGGUUCCCUGUGGGGGCAAAAUCCUUGAUCCAAAGAAUAUUUGACCCCAAUCCUUCAACUCGUAUUACCGUCGAACAGGUCAGAGAGGAUGAAUAGUUCAAGAAAAAUUAUGUUUAUGUCAAACUUUUCGAAGACGAUGAUGUGAAGGGUGUCUUUGAUGAUCCUGAGGGCCAGAAACUGGAUAAGCAAACACGCCGCCUCCCCACUCUCCCACCUCCAUUUUUCCCUCAUCAAUUUUUACACUCUCUGUAAGUUUCCCCUUCUCUGAUUCUCUCUUUUUGCAGAACCCCCAAUCGCUGCCCUUUCAUACACUGAAAAAACAAGGCCCCAUCGCCCUCCACUUCUUCAAUUUCUUCACAGUCGAUUAAAGUGGAUCUCUAAGGAUCAAAACCCUUUUGUUUCCUUCCAAAUUGAAGGAGGAGUAUGGAUAUAACGUUACAUGCGAAGCAUUACACGGAUGGAUUCUGUUUGUUUCAGCGUCGCAGCACCAAAAAUCGCGGCCGUAAAGUUAGGGCCGAGAGAAGGGCUACUCCGGAGAUCAAUUCUGUAAGUUUUUUUGUGGGAGGAAAGGGGAAACCUCGAUUUCUUGUUAUUCCUUCUGAUUGUUCUGAAGAAUCCUUUGUUCGUGCGGUUCUGAAGAAUCCUUCGCAACAGGGGGAGAAAAAUCUUCAUACCCAUUUGAAUGGCUCCAGUUCUUCAUCAUUUUCUUCGAAUCAUUCGCAGAGUUUUGAGGAAUUUGAGAACAAUAAUCAUCUUCGUCGACUGGUAAGAAAUGGGGAAUUGGAAGAAGGGUUUAAAUUCAUAGAGGGUAUGGUUUAUCGUGGUGAUAUUCCUGAUGCAAUUGUGUGUACUAGUUUGAUUCGUGGUUUGUGUAAAACUGGAAAAACUAGGAAGGCUGCUCGAGUUAUGGAAAUUUUGGAGGAUUCUGGGGCUGUUCCUGAUGUGAUAACUUACAAUGUUCUUAUUAGUGGUUACUGUAAAUCUGGUGAAAUUGACAAUGCUUUGAAACUUUUGGAUCGAAUGAGUAUUUCUCCUGAUGUUAUUACUUAUAAUAUAAUCUUGCGUACGCUCUGUGACAGUGGGAAGUUGAAGGAAGCCAUGGAAGUUCUUCAUAGACAGUUGCAGAGGGAGUGUUAUCCUGAUGUAAUAACUUAUACUAUAUUGAUUGAAGCAACUUGUAAGGAGAGUGGAGUUGGGCAGGCGAUGAAAUUGUUGGAUGAAAUGAGGGAGAAAGGAUGUAAGCCUGAUGUUGUCACUUACAAUGUUCUUAUAAAUGGGAUUUGUAAGGAAGGAAGGUUGGAUGAAGCUAUUGAGUUUUUGAAUGAAAUGUCUUCCUAUGGCUGCCAACCUAAUGUGAUUACUCAUAACAUCAUCUUGCGUAGUAUGUGUAGUACGGGGAGGUGGACGGAUGCCGAGAAGCUGUUGGCUGAAAUGGUUCGUAAGGGAUGUUCUCCUAGUGUUGUUACUUUCAAUAUCUUGAUUAAUUUCUUGUGUCGAAAGGGGUUGUUGGGUCGAGCUAUUGAUAUUUUGGAGAAGAUGCCACAGCAUGGCUGUACUCCGAAUUCCUCGAGCUAUAACCCGUUGCUUCAUGGGUUUUGUAAAGAGAAGAAGAUGGAGCGGGCGAUCGAGUAUUUGGAUAUCAUGGCUUCGAGAGGUUGUUACCCUGAUAUUGUGACGUAUAAUACUCUAUUGACUGCAUUGUGUAAAGAUGGGAAGGUAGAUGUUGCUGUUGAGAUACUGAAUCAACUUGGUACUAAAGGUUGCUCUCCUGUAUUGAUUACAUACAACACAGUGAUUGAUGGGCUAUCAAAGGCAGGCAAAACGGAAGAUGCUGUUAAACUUCUAGACGAGAUGAAGGAAAAAGGACUCAAACCCGAUAUAAUUACGUACUCAUCGCUCGUUGGAGGGCUGUGCAGAGAAGGAAAAGUUGAUGAAGCAAUUGCAUUUUUCCAUGAUCUAGAAGAAGUUGGUGUGAGGCCAAAUGUUAUCACAUACAACUCUAUCAUGUUAGGACUCUGUAAGGUUCAACAAACGGUUCGUGCCAUCGAUUUCUUGGCAUCGAUGGUUGCCAGAGGCUGUAAACCGAACGAGGCUUCGUACAUGAUUCUUAUUGAAGGGUUGGCCUAUGAAGGUUUAGCCAAGGAGGCAUUGGAGUUGCUUGAUGAAUUGUGCUCUAGAGGAGUUAUGAAGAAGAGUUCUGCAGAGAGGGUAGUGAUCAAAAACUCUUUUUGAUGUGUUUUUUUACUGAUUUCAUCAUUAAAUCUACAAGGAUGUGGGAUUUUUUGUGAUCUUGGAGCCAAAUUAUGUGAUCUGGGUAGAAUCCAAAACCAAUUUUGUAAGAUAAAAUCCUCAGCUCGAGUCAGAUUUGAUAAAGCUAUCCUCCUUCGUUACUUUACAUUAUUAUACAUUGGAUUGCUUUCCAAUGGUGAUAGUUCCUCCAUUGAUGAACUCCAUGGAAACAGUUGCUGAAAUUUCCACAGUUCUUUCCAUUA